ACAUCGUACACAUCGUACAAGCAGAGGCACGAAGAUGCGUCGCCGUGUGUGUGUACUGGGUGCCGGAGUGAUAGGACUGUCAUCAGCUGUGUUUAUCCAGGACUUGAUCCCAGACGUUGACGUCACAGUAGUGGCAGAUACAUGUACGCCAUUCACACUGUCGGACGAUUGUGCUGGCUUAUGGAUGCCAUACCUUGUAGAUUUAACGGACAAAGACGUCAUGCGAUGGUCAAGUGACACGUUUGACUACCUUAAAAGUCUUGGUCAUUCAGAAGAAGCCGGUGACGCUGGAAUACAGUUUGUGUCUGGGUACUACUUUGUGAGGGAAUCAGCAUAUACAGGCCAGGAACCUCCAUGGAAGGACCUUGUUGUAGGGUUCCGUAAACUGACGCCAGAGGAACUUCAAAUAAGCCCUAAGGCACGCGAUGGCUAUUUCUUAACGACAGUGAUAAUGGAUGUAAAGCGUUAUCUUCCUUGGCUCACGAAAAGGAUAUUAGAUAGACGUGGGAGGAUUCAGAAUAGAAAGAUCCAAAACUUGGAUGAGCUGACAGAAGAAUAUGACGUUGUGGUGAACUGCUCUGGGAUGGGUGCUAACCAGUUGUGUAAUGAUUCACUUCUUCGUCCGCUCAGAGGGCAAGUGAUAAAGGUAUCUGCUCCCUGGGUUAAACACUUUUACAUAAAUCCAGAUCCUACAGAUGAACAUAAAGAAGUAUACAUACUUCCAGGGCCAUAUGAUGUAACUCUAGGGGGUACUGGUCAACUCAACGACUGGAAUAUUGAUAUGGAUGAGAAAGAUAAGCAGAGAAUAUUAAAGGAUGUGUGCAAACUUGUGCCAAGCCUCCGGACCGCAAGACAGUUACGUGACUGGGUCGGUUUACGACCGCUGAGGUCUCCUGUACGUUUGGAAGCCCAAAAAUUGCCAGGAAAGAAAACGGUCAUUCACAACUACGGACACAGCGGUUCUGGUGUGACCUUCCACUGGGGAUGUGCCAAAGACACUGCUCACCUAGUGCAGCUGACAUUGGAGACACAUCAAUUGACCUCAAGGAUGUAGAGGUCCUGUUUACAAAGACGGCAAAUAUAUUUUCUUGGUAAUUCCCGCGUCCGAUGUAUCAGUAAUUUCAUACAAUCUGUAAAGGAACUCUAAUGCAUACAAUAUACACAAAAUGAAUGUUCAUGCAUAAUUUUGAUUUGAAGAAAAAAUAUUAGUAAUUAUUUAAAUUUCAAAUAUACAAUGAAGAUAUAUAUAUGUCAAUUAAUAUAUUCUAUAUGAAUAUAUAAUUACCGAGAAGUGAAUUUAAAAUCUGAUAAAGGUCAAGCAUGACCAAAGCAAGACAAAUCAAUAUAAUGGAGAUGCAAAGCGUUACACUUUCCUCGGAUACUGCUGUUUAUUGUUACAAUAAUAGGUAUUACUUACAUUUCACCACUGUUACUGGUAUUUGGAUGUAGAUCUUCUUUAAUGCUGAUGGUUUCAAUAUGGUUUGGCGAUACUCAAAUUUUAAUGAUUACAUAAGCAAUAACUUUUACUACACAAUUUGUGAUCAAUAUGAAUAUGAGAGUUGCUAGCAUCAUGAUAAUGAAUGUCGGAAUGAAGAGCUGGGAGUAUGUUAGAUUGGUAGGAGGGAUACUGCUCAUGAUCAGUCUUCAAUAUGAUGGUCCAAACCAGUGAAAAUGUAUGUCAAUUCUAGUAUAUUAUGACAAU